AAUAUAUAAAUAAAAAAGAUUGUAAAUUUAUUUGCAUGCAAUCCGGUGGUGGGCAUGGGCGGAAUAUGGUGGCCGGACCACCGUCUGCCACCGCAUCGCCAUCAUCUUCGUCGUCAGCUGUUUCGACACCCCAAUCGGGUUUUGAUCCAAUGCAGCAGCAGCAGCAGCAAAGACAGUCGUUGCAGCAACAAUUACUUCGAAACCCUGAAGGAAGAGAGGCGAUGUUAGCUUAUCAGUCUGGAAGUCUGCAAGGAGUCUUGGGAGGAAAUGUUGCAUCGAGUCCUAAUUCUAUCCAAAUGCAAGGGCAAAAUCGGAAUCAGGGUUUUGAUCAACAGAUGAUGAACCCUGUUCAUCAAGCCUACACCCAAUAUGCUUUCCAAAACCAACAAAAAUCAGCUCUAGGAAUGCAACAACACCAAAUGAGAAUGGGAUCAGCUGGCCCUUCUUCAAAGGAUCCAAGCCACUCAUUUCAGUCACAGAAUUCAAUGUCAAAGAAACAAGCGGAUGACGGGCAUGCAGGGGUUUCUGAUCAAAUUCAAAAUCAGAGUCAAAAUCAGAAACAGUAUACUAUGCCAACAUCACUUGGCCAACUGGUGCAGGGUAAUAGUAGUAUGCGGCCCAUGUCAGCCCCACAAGCUCCUCAAAAUAUGACAAUGGCGGCUCAACUGCAAGCAAUGCAGGCGUUGGCUUUAGAGCGUAACAUAGAUCUAUCACUUCCACAAAACGCUAACUUGGUGGCACAGUUAAUCCCGCUCAUGCAGGCUAGAAUGCAAAAGGCAAAUGAAACCAACUUCACGAACGAGGGUUCACCAAGAGGGAAUUCAUCAAGUGAUGUGUCAGGCCACUCGGGGUCCACCAAAACACGCCAGACCAUGCCCCAGGGCCAUCUUAGUUCAACAUCGAACUCUUUACUAGUGAACAGUUCUACUGCCAGUCAGGGUCAGCAGCUUCCUCCUAGGCAGCCUACUCCUGUCAGUAGUGGGGUGUCAUCCAUGCAUCCUCCACAGUCAUCCAUGAACAUGAACCAGGGUUCUGAGGCAAUGCAAAUGCAACAUGCUAGGCAACAACUAAGUCGAUCCUCCCCACAACCAGUGGUGUCGUCUAACAAUACCGGAUCGACAAAACCAAAUUCAAACUUUACGAAACAGCAACUACAUGUUCUCAAAGCACAAAUACUAGCGUUUAGACGCAUAAAGAAAGGAGACAAAACUCUACCAAAUGAACUACUUCAAGCUAUUGCUCCACCACCCUUAGAAACACAAACUCAACAGUCGGCUGCUGGAACUGUUAAUGUGAAAAGUCAAAGUCAACCUGAUGACCAUGCUAAACAGUUAGAGUCCAAUGACAAGAAUCCCCAAGCUGCAACCUUUACGGGAGGAACGAAUAAUGUAAAGAGAGAAGAUCAUGAGGAUAUUACGGCAACAAUCAAUGCACAAAGUAAAACAUCAAUGCAGAAGGAAACUCCACCUGUUGUAUCUGCUAAACAGGAACAAGAAGUUGAACACCGGGUUCAGAAAACUCCUGUGAGUGAUGGUCCAAUUGACAAAGGUAAAACAGUAAUGUCAGAACCUGUUAUGCUUCCUGACAAUGUUCAAGGUAAAAGACCUUUACAACCGGCAAAUCCACCUCAACCAAAAGAUUCUGGUCCCAAAAAGUACCAUGGACCGUUGUUUGACUUUCCUUUCUUUACCCGCAAGCAUGAUGCUUUCGGGUCAAGCAUGAUGCUCAACAGCAAUAACAAUCUUACUCUUGCAUACGAUCUCAAAGAUCUUAUUGCCGAAGAUGGUACUGAAGUGAUAAACAAAAAAAGAAAUGAAAGUAUUGAGAAGAUAAAUGGUUUACUGGCUGUUAAUUUGGAAAAAAGAAGAAUAAAACCGGAUCUUCUUAUAAGAUUACAAAUUGAAGAAAAAAAAUUAAAACUUCAAGAUUUACAAAAGCGUAUAAGGGAAGAAGUUGAGCAACAACAACAGGAUAUAAUGGCAAUGCCAGAUAGACCGUAUCGGAAGUUUAUCCGGUUAUGUGAAAGGCAGCGAAUGGAACUCAAUAGGAAAGUACAGGCUGCUAAAAAAGCGAUCCGUGAUAAGCAAUUGAAAGUUAUUUUCCAGUGGCGUAAGAAGCUUCUAGAAUCUCAUUGGGCAAUACGUGAUGCAAGGACUCAAAGGAAUAGGGGUGUUGCUAAAUACCAUGAGAAGAUGUUGAGGGAGUUUUCAAAGAGAAAAGAUGAUGAUAGGAGCAAAAGAAUGGAGGCAUUGAAAAAUAAUGAUGUGGAGAGAUAUAGAGAGAUUUUAUUAGAACAACAAACGAGUCUGCCAGGUGAGGCUGCUGAGAGAUAUGAGGUUCUUUCCUCGUUUUUAUCUCAGACGGAAGAUUAUCUUCAUAAACUUGGAAGUAAAAUAACGGCUGCAAAGAACCAACAGGAGGUAGCGGAGGCUGCACAUGCUGCUUCUGCUGCUGCGAGAGCUCAGGGUCUGUCAGAAGAAGAAGUGAGAGCUGCAGCCUCUUGUGCCGGGGAAGAAGUUUUGAUAAGAAAUCGCUUCUCAGAAAUGAAUGCACCCCAGGAUAGUUCAUCUGUUAGCAAGUACUAUACCCUUGCACAUGCUGUGAAUGAAAGGGUCUUAAGACAACCCUCGAUGUUGAGAUGUGGAACUUUGCGGGACUAUCAGCUUGUUGGGUUACAAUGGAUGCUUUCGUUGUACAACAAUAAGUUAAACGGGAUAUUGGCUGAUGAAAUGGGUCUUGGGAAAACCGUGCAGGUUAUGGCAUUAAUUGCUUACCUGAUGGAGUUUAAAAGCAAUUACGGUCCACAUCUUAUAAUUGUUCCCAAUGCUGUUCUGGUGAAUUGGAAGAGUGAAUUACAUAAUUGGUUGCCUAAUGUAUCCUGCAUUUACUAUGUCGGUAACAAGGAUCAAAGGGCAAAAUUGUUCUCUCAAGAGGUUUGUGCCAUGAAAUUCAAUGUGCUUGUGACAACCUAUGAAUUUAUUAUGUUUGAUCGCGGAAAACUUUCAAGAGUCGAUUGGAAGUAUAUUAUUAUUGAUGAAGCACAAAGAAUGAAGGAUAGAGAGUCUGUGUUAGCUCGUGAUCUUGACAAAUACCGCUGCCAAAGACGCCUCCUUCUUACUGGGACCCCCUUGCAGAAUGAUCUUAAAGAACUCUGGUCAUUAUUGAACCUACUGCUUCCAGAGGUAUUUGAUAACAAGAAAGCUUUUCAUGACUGGUUUUCAAAGCCUUUUCAAAAAGAAGUGGCACAUAGUGGUGAAGAUGAUUGGCUAGAAACCGAGAAAAAAGUUAUCAUCAUUCACCGACUUCAUCAAAUCUUAGAGCCUUUUAUGCUUAGGCGCCGUGUUGAAGAUGUUGAAGGUUCACUUCCUCCAAAGAUUUCUAUCAUAUUGCGGUGUAAAAUGUCGGCAAUUCAAGGUGCCAUAUAUGAUUGGAUCAAAGCUACUGGUACUAUUCGAGUUGACCCAGAAGAUGAGGAACGUAAAGCUCAAAGGAGUUCAAUGUACCAAUCGAAAACAUACAGACCCUUACAUAACAGGUGUAUGGAGCUUCGAAAAACUUGCAAUCAUCCAUUGCUCAAUUACCCAUAUUUUAAUGAUUUCUCUAAAGAUUUUUUAGUUCGAUCAUGUGGGAAGUUAUGGAUUCUUGAUAGAAUUUUAGUAAAGCUUCAAAGCACGGGACAUCGAGUGCUUCUUUUCAGUACAAUGACAAAACUUUUGGAUAUCUUGGAGGAAUAUUUACAGUGGAGGAGACUUGUAUACAGAAGAAUUGACGGUACAACGAGUUUAGAAGAACGUGAAUCGGCUAUUGUUGAUUUCAAUAGUCCAGAUACGGAUUGCUUUAUCUUCUUGCUUAGCAUUCGGGCAGCGGGACGAGGUUUAAAUCUUCAAACUGCUGACACUGUUAUCAUUUACGACCCUGACCCCAACCCAAAAAACGAAGAGCAGGCAGUUGCUCGGGCUCACCGAAUUGGGCAAAAGCGAGAGGUCAAAGUUAUUUACAUGGAAGCCGUGGUUGAUAAAAUUUCUAGCCAUGAAAAAGAGGAUAAUUUUAGGAAUGAGGGUACUGUUGACUCUGAUGAUGAUCUUGCUGGGAAGGAUCGCUAUAUAGGGUCUAUUGAGAGCCUUAUACGGAGUAAUAUUCAACAAUACAAGAUUGAUAUGGCCGACGAAGUUAUAAAUGCUGGGAGAUUCGAUCAGAGAACUACACAUGAAGAGAGGCGUUCAACUUUGGAGAGUUUGUUACGUGAUGAAGAAAGGUACCAACAAACUGUUCAUGAUGUUCCCUCCCUUCAAGAGGUAAACCGAAUGAUUGCUAGAAGUGAAGAAGAGGUCGAGCUUUUUGAUCAAAUGGAUGAAGAAUUUGAUUGGGCCGAAGAAAUGACUAGAUACGAUCAAGUUCCCAAUUGGCUCCGGGCUGGUACCCGUGAGGUAAAUGCUAUUGUGGCCAGAGUAUCCAAAAAAAACAUAGAGAAUGUGAUAGAUACUGAAAACAAUGAAGAUGAUGUUCCCGUGAAUAGAAGGGGACGGUACAAAGAUAAGAAGUUCCCAAACUAUGCUGAAUUGGAUGAUGAUAUUGAAGAGUUCUCGGAAGCUACCUCUGAAGAGGGAGAUGAUGUUGAGACCGUUGAUGCUAAUGAAACACCAAAGAUCGUUAAAGGCGAAUCAGAAGAUGAUCUUCCAGUAUCUGCUAAUCGAUAUGAAUAUCCUCGUGGUCCUGAUGCUACCAAGAUUCAAGAAUCAGGCUCUUCGGGGUCAUCGUCAGAUAGUCGGAAAUUGAUGCCGAUAGCAACUCCUUCUACAUCUUCUCAGAAGUUUGGUUCACUUUCUGCACUUGAGGGCAGGCCGGGUUCCCGCUCAAAAAGACUGCAUGAUGAUCUAGAGGAGGGGGAGAUAGUAUUUUCCGGAGAUUCUCAUAUGGACCUUCAGCAAUCAGGUAGUGGGACCCACGAACACGAUGAAGGUGAAGAUGAACAAGUCUUGCAACCGAAAAUAAAGCGGAAACGUAGCAUUCGUAUUCGACCAAAGCAAGAGAAGCCUACUCUUCUUCGUGGUGAUACUUCUAAGUUACCUUGUCAGGCUGACCGAAAAGCAAAUGUGAAAACUGAACACAAGGAGAAAGUGUUGAUUGAUCAAACCAAUCCGUCACGCAAGAAUAAACAAACUCCGUCUAGUCGGAAAAACUCAAAUAAGGCAAAUGUGAAUGUUGCUGUGAGACCAACCAGGGGAAAUUCCACACCUACCCAUUCAAAAGAUGCUGUUGAGCACCCUAAAGCAAGUCGAGAUGCUAAAGUGGGACCUUCAGUUGGUGGGAUCAAGAUGUCCGAGGCGAUCCAAAGAAGGUGCAAAAAUGUAAUAACAAAGAUCCAACGGAGAAUUGACAAGGAAGGCCAACAAAUUAUUCCUUUGCUAACUGAUCUUUGGAAGAAAACUGAAAGUCAUGGGACUAAUCUUCUUGAUCUACGCAAGAUUGAACUUCGUGUCGAUCAUCUUGAGUACAAUUCAGUUCCUGAAUUGAUUGUGGAUGUUCAGGCUAUGUUGAAAGGUGGAAUGCAUUAUUUUGGAUUUUCACAUGAGGUGAGAUCCGAGGCAAGAAAAGUACAUGAUCUGUUUUUUGAUAUAUUGAAAAUUGCAUUUCCAGACACCGACUAUCGAGAAGCUAGAAGUGCACUCACUUUCUCUGGGUCCAUAGCUACCUCCGCAUCAGCCCUGUCUUCUAGAGGUGUACCACCUGUCUCGUCGCCUAGAUGUGUACCUUCUAUCCAGUCUCCUAGAGGUGUACCUUCUGUCCAGUCUCCUAGAGGUGUACCUCUUGUCUCGUCUCCUAGAGGUGUACCUUCUGGCUCAUCUCCAAGAGGUAUACCGCCAAUUGGUCAACCCAAGCGACAAAAACAGAUAGCCGAGGUUGACCUGCAACCUAGCCCUACCUCAAAAGGACUCUCUCGUGGGUCUGGCUCUAAUGCUCAGAGAGAAACAAGGUUCGGAAAUAGCAGCACCAGAGACUCGAAUGAUCUUCAAGACGAACAAAGACCAUUCACCCAUCCGGGUGAGCUUGUAAUCUGCAAGAAGAAACGGAAAGACAGGGAGAAAUCAUUGGCUAAACCAGGGAACAGGUCAGGAGGUUCAGUUUCGCCUAAUGGCAUUGGUCGAGAAGUCAAGAGCCCUGGGCAAACUAGAAUGAGUCAAGGUCAACAUGGGUGGCCUAAUAAUCAGUCUCCCCGGCAAGGAAGUGGAAGUGGAAAUGGAACUGGUUGGGCUAACCCUGUUAAGCGGAUGAGAACUGAUGCAGGGAAAAGAAGGCCGAGUCAUCUGUGAAUGUUUUAGGUUUCUGUUUUCCAUGUGUUGAGAGUCUCGUUUGAGGUGUAUGGAAAGGGUCUCGUGCAACCAAAUACACGGGGGUGGCAUGCCCAUCAUAUCUCAAGUGUUACCAGUUAUGCCGUUGUUGCACGUUCAAACUGAGCAAUACGCUGAAGAUUGAUGCAAUGCUUGAGAGAAAUUAGAUAAUAAUCAACGAAAUGUUAAGCCUACACUGAUCGGGUCAUUUGAAGGUUGUCGUAUGAGUUAGAUAUCUGUAGGUUAGUGACGUAGCUGGGUAAAUUAAUAUAAAUCAUAUGAAUUAGUCCAGUUUAGGUGUAGUAUGCUUCUUGUUGAUCCCUGUGAUCAUCAACUCAUCUUCUUUUUUCUUUUUUUUUUUUUUUUUUUUUUUUUAAUCUUUUCUAAAUAACUUUUUUAAAAAAAAUUGGUUGCUAAUAAUGCCUAGAGCAUGAUCUGCUGCGACAAGCCAAACACCCAUUUUCAGACAUCCAAUUAUCUGAGUACCCAUUUUAACCACUUACUCCUACAAGAUAUUUGAGUUGUGUUGGACCAAGCAAGGGAAUAUAGAGUCGAGCUAUAUUUUAUGCAUAUUGAGCUAUAUUUCAUGCAUAUUUUUAAAAUGGAAAACAAAAGGAGGUCAUGAUAUACGAACAAUAUAAACAUACGAUAGAUCAAAAGCCAGCAAAUAGAACCCAAGUGAAGAACCUUUUCAUUUCUCUUCAGUUUUGUUGCUAAAUAAUUACAAGCACGAUGCUAGCAAACUAUACAUUUGAACACAAAGUUAUCUACGACGCAUAUUGUACUUUGCUAUUAUACUUUUGGUUGUCAGUUACAUAUAUUUUAGAGAUAAAUGUACCAAAUCGUCUUGUUUUGCUA